CUGCUGUGUUUUCCUCUCUCUCUCUCUCUCUCUCUCUCUCUCUAAGUCGGAAAUAUUGUAGAGAGAGGAGACAAAGUUCGAAAGCUAAACGCAGGAAAAAAGGAGAUCACAAGCUUCCAAGGCGUUUCUUCUUCGUCUUCUAUCUAUCUGUUACCUCACAGAUCCGAUUCUGGUCAGGUUUUUUCUACAUUUCUGCAGCUAAGGUUCUCAUUGUAGAAGGCGUUUUGUGUUUUUAUUGAUAUAAUUCUUCUUGGAACUCAUACGAAGAUGAAGAAAGUCUUCGGCCAAACUGUCAGAGACCUUAAGAGAGAGGUUAACAAGAAAGUCCUCAAAGUUCCUGGAAUAGAACAGAAGGUUCUAGAUGCUACUAGCAAUGAGCCAUGGGGUCCGCAUGGAUCACUUCUUGCUGAUCUUGCGCAAGCCUCGAGAAAUUAUCAUGAAUACCAGCUGAUCAUGGGGGUCAUUUGGAAACGCCUUAGUGACACUGGAAAAAACUGGCGACAUGUCUAUAAGGCUUUGACAGUUUUGGAGUACAUGGUAGGCCAUGGAUCAGAACGUGUUAUAGACGAGAUUAGAGAACGUGCAUAUCAAAUUUCGACAUUGUCCGACUUUCAGUAUAUUGAUUCCGGUGGUAGAGAUCAAGGAAGCAAUGUUAGGAAGAAGUCACAGAGCCUGGUGGCUUUGGUGAAUGACAAAGAAAGAAUAGCCGAGGUCAGACAGAAGGCUGCUGCGAACAGAGAUAAGUAUCGCAGCUCAGCACCAGGUGGGAUGUAUAAGCCUUCAGGCGGAUAUGGGGACAAAUAUGAUUACGGAAGCCGGGAUGAAGAGCGAAGUAGUUAUGGAAGAGAAAGAGAAUAUGGUUACAGAGAUGAUGAUAGAAAUAGCCGUGAUGGAGAUCGUUAUUCCAGAGACUCUGAAGACCGGUAUGGAAGAGAUGGUAAUAGGGAUGAUGAUUACAGGGGUAGGAGCAGAAGUGUUGAUAACUAUGGGUCACGAGGUAGGAGUUCGGAAAGGGAGAGGGAGGAUGAUGGCCAUUCUUCAUCACGGGGCAGUGGAGCUCGAGCUGAUGAUAAUUCUCAGGAUGGGAGAGGACGGCUCGAGAGGAAGUUUUCUGAACAAAAUAUUGGCGCUCCACCCAGUUAUGAAGAAGCAGUCAGUGAAUCACGCAGCCCUGUAUACAGUGAAAGGGAUGGUGGGGACACCCCACAAGUUACUGCUCCAGGAGCUGCUUCUCCUCCUCCUCCUCAAGUUACUGCUCCAGGGGCUGCUUCUCCUCCUACUGGAACCAGCACAGACAAUACAGCUGUUACUUUUGUUAGUGAAUCACCUUCUCAGAAAGUUGAGACUUUUGAUGAAUUUGAUCCACGUGGUGCUUUUUCAGCUGGCGCUCCAGCAUCUGUAUCUACAGAUGGUGUUACAGCUCCUCCAAAUGUUGCUUCUAUGUCUUCCCCUCCCCCCUCGAACAGUGUUGAGAUGGACUUGCUUGGGUCCCUUGCAGACGUAUUUUCAUCAAAUGCAUUGGCCAUUGUACCAGCUGAUUCUACCUCCGUUGAAACCAAUGGACAAGCAAACGCUGGUCCAGCUCCAUCGUUUUCCACAUCUCAGCCAUCAACUCAGUCAUAUGAUGACCCAUUUGGUGACUCUCCUUUCAAAGCCUUCACUUCUGCUGACGCCGAUUCAACCCCACAGCAGAAUUUUGGAGCUCCUGAUACUGCUCAUAACUUUGGCUUUGAAGACUCAUUUUCCGCAGUUGCCAAUCCUGAUCCUGCUUCUCAGAAUGUGCAACCUCCAUCAAACUCACCAGGUUUUCUUCAAGAGCAGUUUGCUAGUUCUCAGAGUGAUAUUGAUAUUCUUGCUGGCAUUCUCCCACCAUCUGGACCUCCAGUUUCACUCCCUCAACAAUCUGGUCCUUCAAUACCAACAUCUCAGUUUCCUCCCAGUGGAAACAACAUGUACGAAGGCUUUCAUUCUCAGCCAACAGUAUCUACAGCUCCAAACCAGCCCGGACAAACUCCGUUUGGACACGCUGUACAACCAUAUAACAUGGUUCCUCAUUCUCAAACUAUGACUGGAGCCAUGCCGUUUAACAGUGGAGGCUUCAUGCACCAGCCGGGCUCACAAACUUCAUUUACUGCCACUUCAUCAAGCUCACAAAAUCCUUACCCUACCUCAAGUGGACCAGCUGGUCAGUUCAUGGCACACCAGGGUCAUGGAAUGCCGCCUUCCCAUGGUCCGCAACGAACUCAAUCUGGACCUGUUACGCUGCAAGGGAACAACAAUGUCAUGGCAGACAUGUUUUCACAAGCUGGGCCAAAUUCCUUAACGUCAUCAUCAUCUCAUCCAGAUCUCACACCUUUAACAGGAGCAAUUGAGAUUGUCCCUCCGCCUCAGAAAAAGUUUGAGCCAAAAUCAUCAGUUUGGGCUGACACAUUGAGCAGGGGGCUUGUUAACUUCAACAUAUCUGGACCUAAAACAAAUCCAUUGGCAGACAUAGGAGUUGACUUUGAGGCGAUCAACAGGAGAGAGAAACGGCUGGAGAAACCAACAAACACACCAGCAACAUCGACUAUCAACAUGGGUAAAGCCAUGGGAUCAGGCACUGGCUUAGGGCGUUCUGGUGCAACCGUUAUGAGACCUCCGCCUAAUCCAAUGACUGGCUCUGGCAUGGCCAUGGGUGGAGGAAUGGGUGUUGGUAGCUAUGGAGGUAUGAACCAAAACCAACCCAUGGGUAUGGGUAUGGGGGUCGGAAUGAAUCAAAACCAACCUAUGGGUAUGGGAAUGGGACCUGGCAUGAAUCAAAACCAACCUAUGGGUAUGGGAAUGGGACCUGGCAUGAACAUGAACAUGAACAUGGGAGGAUAUGGCCAAGGCUAUCCGAUGCAACAACAAAACCCAGGGAUGGCCCCUGGCCCAAACAUGCCUGGAAACAACUACAAUCCGAUGAUGGGUCAAGGCGGUUACAACCCUCAACAAUCCUAUGGUGGUGGAUACCGGUAAGAUCAAGCCAUACAUUACGCACUUGACUUCAUUUGUAUAAUCAGGAAUCCUCUGUUCAGUGCUUUUCUUUACUCUCGGGUAUGUAAUAUCUUUCGAUAAAAGUAGAUGGAUUGGCCAGCCGCUUCACGAAAGUACUCAGGUUACAUUAUUCAUCCCGACAACACGGCUCCACGGAUUUCUUCUCUGUUCUUGCCUUAGUCUUCAAUCAUCAUUCAUUUUUAAUUUUUUUCUACUACGGACCAAAUCGAGAGUUUGUUGUGAAAUUUGUACCGGUGAGAGUGGCAAACCUUGCUCGGGUCUGCCCUUUAUGUUAUAUGCAUAUAAUUUGAUAUAUACACAUUUACUUCUUUCUCUCUAUUUUGAAGAUGUGUACAACAUUUUUUUCAUUCACGGAUCAAAUAAGAUAUUUUCAUC